CUUGUCUCUCCCAGCACCCUUCACUCGUGUGAGAGAGAGAGAGAGAGAGAGAUUCUCUCUCUUCCUUUCAUUUUCACUGUCUAUGGCGCAUGUUUUAUCUCUCUAGCAUUUGCCUUGCGUUGCACUCUCUCAAAGAUAAUACCCUUGUGCUCAUUAUGCUUUAAGGCUAUUGCUCAAGUUCUUCUGAUCAUUUUUUGCUUUCACCCUUCAACUUUCCUUGAUUCUUUCUCAUUUAGUUAGUGACAGAUUCAUCGUUUCUUAAUUUGGGGUUUCCCCCCUUCUGCCAUGGAUUCUUUCGAAGCUUUCAGCUGAAGAGAUUCGUCGACAUGGUUGCUUCUCCCUGCUGCUGCUGUUUGUUGGGUUUUUAUUUGCCUUCGUUCUUCUAAGAUCUGGUAGGGGCAGAAGAUCUCAGUUUCCUGAAUCAAUUUCUUUUUCUUCUGUCUAAACUGAUUUUUUAUGGGGAGUUUGCCUUUUUUCAAACUGGAUUGUUGCAAGAUCUGUGGAUCAUACAAUGGGGCAAGAUACAGAAUUGGACUUCGACAGUAUUUGCUCUGUGGAUCUGAGUCCUAACACAGUUCUACCCUCGAUCCCACGACAUUCGAGCAUUAAAACUAGAAGCUCAAGAAAAAAACACAAGCAUAAAGAUUUUGUAUUGAGUGUGAAGGAUGAUUUUACCGAGAUUAGAUUCGGUGGCAGCCGUAGGUCUCGAAAAAGCAAUUCAUCUAGCCUAGUUGAACUAGAAGAUAAUGAGCAUAUAGGUUUUGAAUUGAAUGUAAAGGAUGAUUUCACAGAGAUUAGAUUUGGCAGCGACCGAAGUUCCCGUAAAGGCGAUUCACCUUGCCUAGAUGAAUUGGAAGAUGAUAAAGUGCGCAAACGGGGUUCGAAGUACCAAAGCUAUGAAGAUGUAGGUAAUAUAGAAGGGAUGAGCAUUCAAGGGGAAAGGAGAAAGAUAGAAAUUUCUCAUGACAAUAAGAUCUCUUUGUCUUCUGGUAUUGUCGAUUCUUUGUGUAGUUCAGAUGAGGAAAAACUAGAGAGGAGAGAUAAUGUAUUAUCUUUGAACACAAAACUGAAUCAAUCAUCAGUUAGUAAGGCUUGCAUACGCCCACGUUCAUCGGAUAGCUUCCUUGAGAUCUACUUAGGUUCCGAGAACAGUGAAGCUCUAUCAAAAGAUUCAAGCAAUCAGCUCGGAAAUGUUACAGGCAUUAGACCUCUUCACAAUGGCAAGAAACUUUUCAAGAGAGACAAGGUUUACGCAUUGCAGAAGUCGCUCUCUGCUAAGGUAGAAAUGCCUAAAAAUCAGCUUCCGUUGGAGAGUGAUCUACGAUUUAGACACGGCCAAAAGGUUCGUACAAGCCCUUUCAGGAAAAUAUUGGAUCCGUUUAUGAAGUCUAAAUCUGUUAGAAGUCGUUUCAGUCAUGCAAUAGAAGCUGAUGGAGAUAAAGCUGUUAAGACAAUUGACUUGCAGAGAAACGAGACACACAGAAAGGCGAAGAGUUCAGAUUGUGAUUCCCAUUUUUCGAAUAUUGAUAAUCGUCAUAAUGUUGUUGCAUCUUCGCCCGUACAUUUACAUGGCUCUCUCAAGUUGGAAAGAAAACAUGGGAUGCCAUUUUUUGAGUUCUCUCAGAGCUCUCCCGAAGAUGUCUACGUAGCCAAGACGUGGAAGACGGACGAUGCUUUUAAAUGGGUAUACACAUUUCAUACCCAAGAUCAUCAAAAGAAGAGCAAUGCAAGUAAUUUUGGAUUGAAUCAUAGCUGUAAAAACUCCUUAAUGGUGGGUCAGAUGCAAGUUUCCUGUUAUUUAUCCUCUGAACUUCGAGAUGGUGGUUUUGACAACUCGAUGGUCACAGAAUUCGUUCUGUACGAAACGGGGCGUGCUAGAAAAAGUACAGCAUCACAGGGAAGUUGCGACUUUAUCCACGACGCUGUCAAACCUCCUAAAAGUUCUAAUUCAGCCUUGGUUGAGGAAGCUUUUAGUAUGAACGAUGGGACUCUAGAAAAACCAAAAUUUCAGCAAAAACAAGCUUCUGAAAACUGUGAUUAUGGUUUUAUUGAUUCUUGCCCUUGGGAUUCAGCAGAUUUACAUCCAGACCUGGAAGCUGCAGCUAUUGUUAUGCAAAUCCCAUUUAGAAAAAGAGGUGAUAAGCCAAGCAGCAAAUUGAUCUCAGCUGUCCAAAACCUCUCUAAGAUUGAACAAAGGAAAGACGAACCUCCCCAUCACACAACUCGAGAAACGCUGAAGGUGGUCAUUCCCAUUGGAAACCAUGGUUUGCCUACUGUCGAAAGCCAUGGCCCUUCUCCGUUACUCGAUCGAUGGAGAUUGGGAGGCGGGUGUGACUGUGGUGGUUGGGACAUGGGCUGUCCUCUACUAGUUUUGGGCACCCAUAGUGCUGAAAAUCAAGCACACAAGGGGAAACAAACCUUUGAGCUUUUUCAUCAGGGAGUAAAGGAUACGACUCCAGCAUUGACUAUGAAUGUUGUUAAAGAUGGACACUACGCUGUCGAUUUUCACGCGCGAUUAUCGACGUUCCAAGCGUUCUCCAUUUGUGUUGCUAUUUUACAUGCGACUGAAGCUUGCAAUGCUGUCCAGGUGGAGGAAACAAAAGAGUUGCAGCCUUGCAAUUCUUUGAAGGUGCUUCUUGAGGAGGAAGUAAAGUUCUUGAUCGACGCAGUCACGAUGGAGGAGAAUAAAAAAGAAACGAGAACAUUGAAAGAAACACCGUCGUCGUACUUGUUCAAUCCUCCAUUUUCUCCGAUUGCUAGAGUGUAGGAUAAAUACCAACUUGAUCAGUACAGAUAUUAUGGUUGAUUCGAGUUAUGGUGCUGCUUGAUAAAGCUCAAAUGGAAGAAAUUGUACAAGGAACGUUCUCAGCAACCGCACGGGUUCUCGGAGUCGGGCGCAUUUGAAUUCUUUUGUAGAACGGAGGAAGAGGUUACUUAGAGAAGCUGAAAUGGCUAGUAGGGGAGACUUUGUGAUAGAGGGUGUCAGGACCCUUUUAUUUAUUAUUCUUCAAAAACCAAAUCCUUUUGAAUAACUUAAUAGUAAAUUGUCCAUAUUGUAAUGUGGUAGGGGGAUGUGUAGCCCAUUGUUCUUCACAUUGAACUUUUUGUACAUUAUAUUGUUAAGAGAGAGAAUGAAGGCUUGAUAUCAGUAGAAAUAUAUAUUUUCAUUAAGUUU